CAACGGUAAAAUCUAAAAUGAGAUUGAGGCAGUGAAAUUUUGAAGGGGCAAGCAAUAAAGUAUGGAGUAUUUAAAAUGAGAUGGCAAGAAUGAAUUUGGAAUAAGGAAAUUGUCUAUUUUGCAGGGAUUCGGUCCUGGCAGUUGGAUCUAUACAGCAUAUAAAGCGGUUCAGCCGUAGUUCUCUCGAGAGACCGGAGAAGCUAAAAAUGGUGUUGGGGUGGCGCACAAUAGCGGUGGUGCUCGCGUGCGCGGCUCUGGCAAUGCUGCCCGCAGUCUCGUCCCAGACGCCGCCGCCGCCCGGCCAGCCCCAGUUGUAUAAAGUCGGGGGCAGCCAUAUGUGGAAAGAUAAUGCGACUUUCAACUACACCACUUGGGCAAGCGGCAAACAUUUUCACAAGGGAGAUUGGCUCAUUUUUUAUUUUGACAAGACCAUGUGUAAUGUGCUGGAAGUAAACAAAACCUGCUAUGAUUCUUGCGAUUCUGACCAUUUCAUCCAAAACAUUACACAUGGUGGAAGAGAUGUUGUCCAACUUAACCAGACCAAAACUUACUAUUUCAUUAGCCACAGCUGGCAGUGCGCAAAUGGAAUGAAAGUAGCAAUUCACGUUGAAAAACCACCGCCUCCUCCGACAACAUCCCCAAAAAAGAGCAGUUCUCCUCCUACUCUGCUCUCCACAUUCAGAGGCCACAUUGUUCUGCCAGCUUUGUUCACCAUUGCUGCUGUGUGGGAUUCCUUCCUGUUGCUUGUGUAGGUAGGAGCAUUGUUCAUCAUCUAGAUUACACGGCUUUGCUGAAUUGGUUAAGUUAAUUUGGAGCUACCCAAUUGUGAAGAAAGAUUGCUAUGUAGGCUGAUGUGUGCAUUUAUGUACCCGGAAAAGAAAACCUUGACGUGUUUUGCAGUUUUCUCUUGUUCUCUAAGGUCGUCAACCAAUUUUUAAACUAAUUAUUUGAUCAUUCGAGCUCACUUAUGUCUGUGUGGUGGUGUGUCAGCGUGUUCUCAUUUGUUUGAACUUGGAGAAAUAGAGUACACAAAUUGCGGAGACUACAAUUUGUAUGAUUUAUCUAGGACAAACAUUGACUUUGUUAAUCAUGUUGAUAUUAAAUACUUGGUACUUCCACUGUUCCUUUUUAUUAAUACUUCUCAUUUUUUUUCCCUUUCUCCCAAAGCUAUGGGUACUGUCUUAAGUUAAACACUUAAACUCCAUCAAUUUUCCAAUAUAUUAUCUUUUAAUC